AUGCUACUGUCUGCGGCUCACCAACACAGUUCAGUGAAUGCUGCAGCCCAUCGGAGAAACGGGGAAUUCCGUGAUGUUCGUCGAUCGAGUCUUGAGCUCCACACAACUUCACCCGGAGCCAGGCUACGACGCAACUAUCCCGUGCGUCUGUGAGCUAUUUCCUAGGGGGUCCUCCUGUCUUGAAAAACAUCAGCUUUAGUGCCACUCCCGGUGAGAAAAUAGAUGUUGGACGGACUGGUACUAGAAAGUCGUCAGUUACCGCCUGUUUGUUGCGCAUGCCAGCAAACACCGACACCAUCAUUAUCGAUGGAAUUUGUAUGACUGAUCUCAAAGUCUAG